CCCCUACCUGAGGGUGCGUUGGUUGCACUCUCUACUGUCCUACCAAAGUCCUAACAUCUGGAAAAUUUUCCCAAUCUCCCCUCACCUGUCUCUCGCUGGACUGUUCUUGUUCGAUUGGAGACGUCUGUAACCAGGGAAGCUAUGGUUUUUCCCUUCCCAGUAAUGUUCUGUGGGAGCUGGAGGUGUGGAUGAAGAGCCCUUUCGUUUACCAGUUUCGCUAUUCGUUCGAUCCCUGCGGCAUCAUAAUGGGGAGCUCACCUAGAUUCAACAUGUAUCGGUGCGACUUCGGGUGGGGAAAGGCUGAGGCUGUUUGAAGCAGGAUUGACAAAAAGUUCGGUGGGGAAGUGAUUUCAUACCCCUGGCGCCAAGGAGGAGGAAGUUUGGAGUUGGAGUUGAUCCUUCUGCUAGAGACUAUGAGUGCCCUCGUUUCCGACCCAUCGUUUAUGGAUGCAUUGUUGCUUUCCCACCAGCAUUAAAUGCACUAAAUUGCAGUUUCAUGCCCCCUAUAGUUCUUUUCAAGUAACAGAGAAACAUUGACAUCAUCUGUAUGCCAAUUGCCAAGAAAAUAAGUUCCAAUUCUGAAAAAUAGAACUCUAUGGUUGGGAUGAUGCAACCCCACAGGAUAGAUCCCGUUAUUAUUCUAGUUUUUGAUUAAUUAAUAAUUGUAGUUGGCCCUAGAUUUAAGGUUUUAAAUUAGUUCAAAUUUUUAUUUUGGUUAAUGGGUAAGCCCAAACCGUGAGUUGUUUUAUCAGGUUCAUAGAAAAGUAGGAGUAGGAUUUUGUUAAUGGUGCUUUUAAUCUCAACCAUAGGAGUUUAAGUGGAUUGGUGGUUAAGAUUAUUUAAGGUUUUUCUUACUGCAUUUGCAUGAUUGGAAUGUUUACGGCAAUUGCAAAAUGUUUGUUCCUAUUGUAAACUCUAUUCCAUCAUGAUAAUGGAAUGAUCCAUUGAUUCUUUUUGUAUGAUAAUCUGAUCUUCUCCAUCUGCUAAAUACAGUUUUCUCAUCAAGCAUCAGAAGGUGACUAAUUCUGGGUUUUGGUUUUAGAAGCAUUGGAACUUCCUGAUUAAUGGGUUGUGAAUGACUGAAUGUUAAGUGUCUGAUAUACAUUUUUCAUGCUUUGCAGGACCUGCUGAAGAAAUCACAGCAGCUUUCAAGUUUCGGCUGCAGAGAGGGAUUCAUGGCUGCUAAGGUAGUGCAACCACCAACACCGGGUUGCCACGUGCUGCCUGCAACACCUGUUAGCUUUAAGAUGAUCCAAACUAACAGAGCAGUCCCAGCCACUCAUUUAAGGACCAAGAACUCCAGAUUUGGGGAGUUCCCUUCUGGAUUCAGACCUGCCCACAUCAUUAAAGCUGCAGAACAAGGUUCUGGUUUAGUUAAUGAAGACCAGGGGACACAAGAAACAUCAGGAGCUUACAAGACAGUUUCCCAGAUCAAAACAGAUCUGAAGCAAUCAAUACAGGGAAUCAACAGAGGCAUCUUUGGAGUCCCCUCUGCAAAAAAAUCUGAGAUUUUAGCUCUGGUGGAGCUGCUUGAGUCUCAGAAUCCAACUCUUAACCCUACUCGAGAUCUGGACCAGGUGGGUGGAUGCUGGAAGCUUGUCUACAGUACAAUUUCUAUCCUGGGUUCCAAGAGAACCAAGCUAGGCUUGAGGGACUUCAUCACUUUGGGGGAGUUCUUUCAGACCAUUUAUCCUGCUGAGGGCAAAGCAGUUAACAUGGUUGAGUUCAACCUUCGGGGAUUAAAUGUGCUGAAAGGACAAUUAGCUAUUGAAGCUUCCUUCAAAGUUUCAUCGAAAACAAGAGUUGAUAUUAAGUACGAGAAUUCGAUCAUCACUCCAGAUCAGUUGAUGAGCAUUUUCUGCAAAAACUAUGACCUUCUGCUCAGUAUCUUCAAUCCAGAGGGUUGGCUGGAGAUCUCAUAUGUGGAUGAAUCAACUAGGAUUGGCAGAGAUGAUAAAGGCAAUAUUUUCAUAUUGGAAAGAUCAGAAAGAGCAGAGAAUAAUCCCCAACUUCUCAGAUAAACCCUUUUAUUUUUUUCCAUUCAACCCAAACAGGUUAUUGUUGUGUACGGUUCUUCAGAAUUAAAAUUAAAGGAAUUUAUUUUUCGCUAUUCCAAUAAGGGAAUGGACAAUCCAA